AUGUCGUCCACUGCUUCCAGAAUGGACAAGGACGACCACCCGCGAGUUUACAUCGCCGUCAAUACCAUCCUUUGGUUAUGCAUGUUGGUGUUUGUGGCAAUACCGUUUGGACUUGUCAGCGCCUUACUGUUGGUAGUGGUGCGCCCCAUCUCCAUCAUCUACCCGGAUAAUGAAGUGAUCGAGACAUCGGAUUUUCUUGAACUGUGCCAGUUCAUGCCAGAGAUCUGUAUAGCUCAUAUACUUGCUGGAAAUGAUUUUGUCCAGUGUAUAGAAAGUAGAACCAUCCUGAAUCCCGGAACACCAGUGUAG